CUGGACAAAUGUUUUCUUAUUUUCCAGAUCCUGAGAAGACAGGAAAAUGGCCACGUGGAAUGAAAAGGCAGUCACCCGCAGGGCCAGGGUGGCUCCCGCCGAGAGGAUGAGCAAGUUCUUGAAACACUUCACCGUCGUCGGGGACGACUACCACGCCUGGAACAUCAACUACAAGAAGUGGGAGAAUGAGGAGGAGGAGGAGGAAGAAGAGCAGCCGCCGCCCACUGAGGCCUCAGCCUCGGCCGAGGAGGGCAGAGCCACUGACCCCACCCCAGCCCCGGCCCCUGUGCCCAGGCCCCGCCUAGACUUCAGGACCACUUUGAGGAAGCUCUUCAGCGCCCACAGGUUUCAGGUUAUCAUCAUCUGCCUGGUCGUCCUGGAUGCCCUCCUGGUGCUUGCAGAGCUCGUUUUGGACCUGAAGAUCAUCGAGCCCGACAAGAAUAACUAUGCCCCCAAGGUGUUCCACUACAUGAGCCUUGCCAUCCUGACCUUUUUUAUGAUGGAGAUUUUCUUUAAAAUAUUUGUCUUCCGCUUGGAGUUCUUUCACCACAAGUUUGAAAUCCUGGACACCAUCGUGGUGGUCAUUUCCUUCAUUCUCGACCUCGUCCUCCUGUUCCGGGAGCAUCAAUUCGAGGCUCUAGGACUGCUGAUCCUGCUCCGGCUGUGGCGGGUGGCCCGGAUCAUCAAUGGGAUAAUUAUCUCGGUUAAGACACGUUCAGAACGGCAACUGUUAAGGUUAAAACAGAUAAACAUACAACUGGCCACCAAGAUCCAGCACCUUGAAUUCAGCUGCUCUGAGAAGGAACAAGAAAUUGAGAGACUUAACAAGCUAUUGAGACAGCAUGGACUUCUCGGGGAGGUGAACUAGAUGCACGCCUUCUCCAGCUCAAAGGGAAGACCUGCCUCAUGGGCUUGUGACAAGGAAGACAGCCGCCCCUCUGGGGCCAUGUCGGGGAGAGAUUUGGUUUGAUGGCUUUGCCUCACUGCUGCCGGCUCCGAUUCUGGGGGACACAGCCUUUUAGAGGCUCUAUUUCUUCCUUGGUGUGACUGAGAAUGUCCCAUCCCACACUGUGUAACAAAUGUAUCAUAAACUAUAUUUUCCUCAUGUUGAACACUUUACUCUUGCUUGAAAAUGAACAAGCUGGACAAUUACUAGCCAUAUAUAAAAUUUAAUCUCAUCAAAUGUACAGUUUUCACUUUUCACAUGUAUAUUGAGGGAUCAGUACAUCCUUUCAUAUGAGCACUCUGAAAAACAAAAAAGAAAGCUAUCUUAGCUAUCAGCACAUUCUAGAAGUCUUUUACAUGUCCAAGCUGUUCUAAAUAGCUAACCACAGUUUCCCCCAAGGAGGCCAUUCUCGAGUACCCAGCCCCCUCCUCUGCAUCCUCCAGCUUUUAGCUGGCUCCACCUAGUUCUGCCACCUGACAACAUUUUCCUCAGUUACUGUACAAUUAAUGUAUAAAAUAAACUCUCUCCUUCCCUAGGGCCCUCCUACUAGAUCCUUUCCAGCUUCAACUGCUUGGAAUCACUUGGUGGCAUCCCAGACCAGCCCACUAACUGGAGAGCAAGCUAGCUCCGGUGCCUGGCACAGAAGUGGCAAUUAGAGCCAAGACUCCACUGUAAUUAACAUGACAUUUGGGGGAAGAUCCCCUUGUGAGGCCUUGUCCUCUACUCGCAUGAUUUUAAACAAUUUGCUAUUUUUGUACUCAUUUCAGCAGGACCUGAAAAGGAGGAAAAUCCGAACUAAAAAUAAUAUUUUAAAAAUAACUCACAUUUAAAGCAGGGGAUUAAUAAACUGGAUAAACCCUCAACGCCUGCACUACUUGAAGGCCUGUCCUCGUGUCUUCUCAAAGGUGCAACUUGGGUUUCCACAUAUGACCUAUGUGUUGAGGGUACUGGAACUGGCUAAGACCAGACGAUGCCCCCUUCUAAUGUCAGACCAAGUAGAAUGACAUUCCAGAAGGGAGACAAGAGGAGGGAAGUGAGUGGAGAGGAAGUGUGCUGGUCUGGGGGCAAUCUCAAGGGUUAUAAUAAAGUGGAAUGUCUCCGAGGGACUGUGGGCCCCACACGUGCUGAAUUUUGCAGAUACGGUAUAGUUUCCUUAUUUAAUGACUUACAUCAAACAAAUGGGAAGAAGAAAUUAAAGGGCAGCCUGGCGUUGAUGGUUGGCUGAGCUCUGAAGCCUGCCUCUGCAGGUGCAGACACAUCCACAAAAGUAACCGCAGUGGAAAUAAGAAUUGUCCUUUCAUUUCCUGAGUUGGUCUGUAAUACAAAAUCAGAAUAAUGCAAGCCCUGCCCUCCAGUGUGUUAUCAGGAUAACAAAGAUGGGACAGCUUCCAUGCCUUUCCUCACCCAAUAGCUGUCAUUCAUGAAUCUGAUAGGUACAUGGAGGGCUCAUCAGUCACUAACUCAUAGGAGAGAGACAGUUUUCACUCAGGUUGUCCCUCACACACUGAUGUCAUUCAUUCAUAACUCAAUUCUGACAAGAACUUUAAAGAUCAAAUCUAAACAAGAAUGCAAAUGUGAACAAAACCAUUUUGUUCAGUGGAGGUUUUUCCUCUAAGUAAAUGAUAACUGCUAAAUUGUUUUAAGAAUUCAGAUUGUUUAAAUUUUAAUUAUUAUUUUUUACAAAAUAAUAAAUUUCACCUAUCACAGUUGA